AUCCCACCCCUUCUCUAUGUUUUCAUUCCGAAUCAAUCCACAAUUUUACACCUGCAUGAGUGCCAAGUCUCUGUGGAUAUAUAAGGGAAACCUUCAAGAGGCAUUUCAGAGUUACAGGGAAGAAGUUGAAGAAAAGGAAUUCACCCAGCGCGCUCAGACAGAAACCGAACCAACCAUGAUUCUCCCUGCCAUUCACUUCUCCGGCUUUCUCCUAGCCUGCAUCUUCAUGAAAAGCUGCUUGGCUUUCAAGAAUGAUGCCACGGAGAUCCUUUAUACACAUGUGGUCAAACCUGUUCCAGCGAGCCCCAGCAGCAACAGCACGCUGAACCAAGCCAGAAACGGAGGGAGGCAUCACGGCCGCACUGGAUUAGAUCGUAACAAUCGCGUUCAAGUUGGCUGCCGGGAACUGAGAUCCACCAAGUACAUUUCAGAUGGGCAGUGUACCAGCAUAAAUCCUUUGAAAGAGCUUGUGUGUGCUGGUGAGUGCCUCCCUUUGCCAGUGCUCCCCAACUGGAUUGGGGGAGGUUAUGGAACCAAGUACUGGAGCAGAAGGAGCUCCCAAGAGUGGAGAUGUGUCAAUGACAAAACUCGCACACAGAGGAUCCAGCUCCAGUGUCAAGAUGGAAGUACAAGAACCUACAAAAUAACCGUGGUCACAGCCUGCAAAUGCAAGAGGUAUACCAGGCAGCACAAUGAGUCCAGCCACAAUUUUGAGGGAAGCUCUCAGCCAAAGCCCACCCAGCAUUACAAAGAGAGAAAAAGAGCCAGUAAAUCCAGCAAGCACAGCUCAAGUUAGAAGUCAGGCAACCCUUCCCCCAAAACUGAACUCAUCUAUAACCAUCUUCUUUACAGAUCUGACUGCUUAAAAGACAAGUCUGCCAUUGCUGUAUUCUCACUUGACAGUGCAUUGCUUUGACCAAGCUCAAAACCACAUUCUGUGCAUAUGGACCUUUUUGGUGAUUUUCCAAAC